GGUAUUUCUUAGCGAAGCUUAAACUAUGAAUGAGUUCAUUUCUUUGAUUCUUAAAGGGAUGAAGUUAGCUAAAGACCUUGAACCAACCCUACAAAACUUAGCCACCCACAAUUACCAACACAUGCUUUCUAAUUUAGAUGAAAUCAUUAGGGUUUUCAUUUCUGCUAGGGAGAGGUUAAAUGCACAUCAAGACCUUCCUCAGAUGCUGUUCCGAGAGCUGCAGCAGCAACCACAGAUCGAUCCAAGAUUACAGGAAUAUUGGCUUAGGACUAAAAUGAUGGAGUUGCAACACUCACAACUGGAGGCUGAGAGGAUUGGCAUCAGUUCAGGGAUGGAGAAUAAGCAGGCAGCAGGUGGAACACAAAUGGGGUCAGCAAAUCUGGCUAUGGAAUUGGGUAGCAGAGAUGUUCAAGCAAUGGCUUCAUCAUCGACGCAAAGACAGCGAAGAAGGAAGGACGAUGAAGAGUAUAGGACGAUAAGGGCAGCUGCACCUCGGAUGGGAAAUACUGAAAUCCCACCAGAGGAUGGCUACACAUGGAGGAAAUAUGGCCAGAAAGAAAUACUAGGGUCAAGGUUCCCAAGGAGUUACUACAGGUGCACACAUUUAAAACUGUACCAAUGUCCAGCCAAGAAGCAAGUUCAGCGACUAGAUGAUGAUCCCUACACAUUUGAAGUUACAUACAGAGGUGAUCACACGUGCCACAUGUCUGAUACAGCACCAUCUGUUCCACCACCAGUUAUUACCCAGGAGGUGACUCAAAGUAUGGCUGCUCAGCCUCCACCACGGCUGCAAUUUAGACUAGGUGGUGGAGGGAGUGGAGGCAGCAGCGGUUCAGGUCCCUCCACUGUCCGAUAUGGUAAAGAAGUUGAAUAUCUUGUAGCAGAUAUGGCUGAUGUGAUGUUUAACUCCGGCAGCAGCAGUAGCAACAGCAUGGAACUGAUUUUCACUUCCAUGGAAAAAUAGGAAGCAGCAGGGGACAAGAAAAAAUAAUCUUGAUUUUCACUUCAUUUUGUGGGAGUUAGAACUUUAUUCAUUGGUUAUUAAUUGCCUUGGGUCAUAGUGUUUUUUUUAUUUUUUUAUUUUUUUUAAAGUUGUACUUCAUUGCUGCUGAAUCAAAGAAAAGGAUGGCCUAGAGCCACAUACAAGAGCCUCCGCAUAAAGACGUAAUUGAAAGCUCACAAAAAAGCUA